AUGGUUUACCAUGGUACAAAACUUGAUAUGCUUGUGAAGCGAGUGGAUCACAUUACUUCGGAGCAUAGUGUCCUUUUCGCCAAAGUUGAGAAAGUCGGUGCUGCUGUCCUUGACAGCCACCGUUUUAUACCUACAGGGUCGAUGGCAACAGUGGGGCGUUUUCCACUCUGCUCUCAAGAGGGCCUCUCACAUUUCCUCGACCGCUUUAAGUCAGACAAAGACUGUCUGCAGCAAACGGACGCUAUGCAACCCGCCCGAGUCAAGCCGGUUGAUGCUUUCAACAGACGGCCUCACGAUAACGUACUUAUGGACCCAAACAUGUCGGCGGAACACCCCGACCUUUCACACCUCACGCCCGAGGAAAGACGUAUUAUUGAGGACGUUAUGAGCAGACAACGACAGGAGGAACUGCAGAAUGAACAAGCAGUUAAGUGA